AUGGGUGUGAUACGGCUUCCCAGCUUGUCUAGGAUCCUGUGUUUUUCUUUUUACAUUAUUCUCAUUCUGCUUCAACAGACUACUGCAGCGCGAGAACUGAAGUUUGUGGUUGUACUUUUCCGACACGGUGACCGAACACCAAUUGUGAACUUUCCAACUGAUCUACACAAAGAAAGUGAGUGGCCCCAGGGAUUUGGACAGCUCACCAAGACUGGAAUGCAGCAGCUAUUUGAACUUGGGCAGUACAUGAGGAAACGAUAUUCCAGCUUCUUGAACAGCACGUACAACCGGCAAGAGUUUUACAUCCAAAGUACAGAUUAUGAUCGCACCAUUAUGAGUGCCCAGUCAUAUCUUUCUGGCCUCUUUCCACCAACCAGCAGCCAAAUUUGGAACCCUGACCUUCUCUGGCAACCCAUUCCAGUCCACAUUUUUCAAAAAACAGCAGAGCAGAGGCUGAACUUUCCUCUGCCCAACUGUCCCCGUUUUGAUGAACUUCAGCAAGAAACACAAACAUCAAAAGAAUUUCAAAGUAGAAUACAACCAUACAAGGAUUUUUUACAAACAAUGGCAGUCAACACAGGGCUUGAACUAAACCACCUUAAAAUACUGGACAAUUUCCAGCUCUGGAAUACAUAUGAUACUCUACAUUGUGAGGGUAUUCACAAUUACACUCUCCCUGUAUGGGCCACUGAAGAUGUAAUCAACAAGAUGGAAAAACUGGCAGAAUUGUCCUUACUGUCAUUAUUUGGGGUUUAUAAAACAGAAGAGAAAUCAAGACUACAAGGAGGUGUUCUUGUGAAUAUUAUUUUAAACAGUAUUAAACAAGCUGCCAAUUCUUCAAAACCAACAAAAAUGGAGGUCUACUCUGCACAUGACACCACAGUUGGGGCCCUCCAGAUUGCUCUCAAUAUUUUCAAUGGAAAACUGCCACCAUAUGCUGCAUGCCAGUUUUUUGAACUCUACCAAGACAGAAAUGGGCAAUAUAGCAUCGAAAUGUAUUAUCGGAACAACACUUCAAAGGAUCCUUAUCUCCUCACAUUGCCAGGGUGCACCUCUUCUUGUCCACUUGAGAAGUUUGCUGAACUAGUUUCUCCCGUGAUUACAGAAAACUGGUCAAAAGAAUGUGGGAAGAAAGAUAAAAUGAAAGAUAUUUUUAUUGGAUUUAAUGUUGCUGUUGGCUUGUUGUCCAUUUUUAACCUUGUACUGCUCUACCUCCUUUAUCAUUAUGGACGCUGCAGGAGCAGAAACAACUACCAAGACAUUUAA